GAUAUUAUGUCCUCGUUUCUUUCCACUGCCAGCUUCCAGAGAAGAACAUCCUAAAAACUCCGAAGCGCUUCUACUUUCCUCAUCCAUUUGUCAACAUGUCGAGGAGAAAGACCAGAGAGCCCAAGGAGGAAAAUGUCACUCUCGGACCUGCUGUUCGUGAAGGAGAGCAAGUUUUCGGUGUUGUUCACAUCUUUGCAUCAUUCAAUGACACUUUCAUCCAUGUGACUGAUCUGUCCGGAAGAGAAACCCUUGUUCGUAUCACUGGUGGGAUGAAGGUCAAGGCUGACCGUGAUGAGUCUUCUCCUUAUGCUGCUAUGCUUGCAGCUCAAGAUGUUGCUCAAAGAUGCAAGGAGCUAGGCAUCACAGCCAUGCACGUGAAGCUGCGUGCCACUGGAGGAAACAAAACCAAGACUCCAGGUCCUGGUGCUCAAUCAGCUCUCAGAGCCCUUGCUCGUUCAGGCAUGAAGAUUGGCCGUAUAGAGGAUGUGACUCCAAUUCCCACCGACAGUACACGCAGAAAGGGUGGAAGGAGAGGAAGAAGACUGUGAUCAGUCCCGGCGACCACUCUGGGUCCAACCCAGUCUUUUUUUUGUAAUGUUUUUAAACUUUGAUUAAAAAAAAGGCCCAUGAUCUAUUAUCCUUGUUUUUUUUUUUUUGUAAACCAGCAGACGUUGAUCUAUUUAUCUAUUAGUAUCUAAACUUAAUUUUG